AUUCUCCACCCAACCUUUGCUAGGACUACAGGUUUAUCCAGAGGCGACGCUUUUAGUGUGAAGCUGGAACUAGAGAAAAAGGAUGCUGGUCUUUUGAGUACAGAUUCUCUUCUUUCUCCUCUGCCUUCCUCCCUUCCUCCAUUACCUGCUCCUCCUCUUUCUCCUCCCCUUCAAGUCUUAAUUCCUCAGUGGAACUCCAGAGGCAAGAGAAAUAAAGAGGGAAGGACAGAGGCAGGAAAAGAGAGGAAAAAGGAGGGCUUCCCAAUCAACUGCACAGGCAAGAGGAGAGAAAGGCGGUUCCCACGGGGACUAAGCAGGGCAACUUGGUUGUGCCUGGCCAGGUUAGCGACUGGUAGGGUAAAGCUGGGCGAACCUAGAGGCAGAGAACACUAAGCGGAAGAGAAGGCGAAGGCGGAGACCUGGGGGAGGAUGGACGCGGAUUACCCUGCCUUUGAGAAGCCUCUCUGCAGAGAGCUCAAGCACUUCUGCAAAAGGCUCGGUGAGGCGUACCAAGAGCUGAAGGAGGAUCUCACUCCCUACAAAGAUGAUCGCUAUUACAGGUUGGCACCUAUGCGAUUGUACACCCUAUCGAAGCGCCACUUCGUUCUGGUCUUUGUGGUGUUCUUCAUUUGUUUUGGCUUGACUGUAUUCAUAGGAAUUGCAGGUCCCCAAGCAAUUCAGUCUACUUCACAAGAUCACCAAGUGAAUAGCAGUAGCUCUAAGCUAAAGCCAUUUUUUCUCCAGUCAGGACCACUUUCUACUUAUAAUCAGCAGUUAUGGCUGACAUGUGUUAUUCAGCUGGAUCAUUCAGAUGAUACCACAAUCCAGACAAGCUUUUCUAUGACUGUUAAAGUAGAUGGUGUACCCCAAGAUGCAAGCAAGACAUUUGUACGUAAAAAUGUUCAUAAUCGGACAAGGACCCUCAACUGUGCAGGGAAAUGUGCCGAAAUCAUCGUGGCUCAUCUUGGCUAUUUGAAUUACACUCAGUACACUGUCAUUGUGGGCUUUGAGGACAUGAAAGCUCUGGAGCUCCACAUCAAAGACGUGAACUUCACAUGGAGGACUUACAAUCCAUCCUUUUCACAAAUGGAAAUUUGGUUCCGAUUUGUUUUUGUGGUGUUUACAUUCAUGGUCACUUGCCUGUUUGCACAUUCCCUCCGGAAAUUCUCCAUGAGAGACUGGGGAAUUGAACAGAAAUGGAUGUCCAUAUUGUUGCCUCUGCUACUGCUCUAUAAUGAUCCAUUCUUCCCCCUUUGCUUCCUGGUGAACAGUUGGUUUCCUGGCAUGCUGGAUGACCUCUUCCAGUCUGUGUUCCUCUGUGCAUUGUUACUCUUCUGGCUCUGUGUAUAUCAUGGAAUCCGGGUACAGGGAGAAAGAAAAUGCUUAACAUUCUAUUUUCCUAAAUUCUUUAUUGUUGGACUCCUAUGGUUGGCUUCUGUCACAUUAGGAAUAUGGCAAACGGUAAAUGAAUUGCAUGACCCAAUGUACCAGUAUAGAGUUGACACUGGCAAUUUUCAGGGGAUGAAGGUUUUUUUCCUGGUGGUCGCUGGCAUCUAUAUUUUAUACCUUUUGUUCUUGAUUGUGAGGGCUUGCUCAGAACUUCGCCAUAUGCCUUAUGUUGAUCUCAGGUUAAAAUUCUUGACUGCAUUGACCUUCGUAGUACUUGUCAUUAGUAUUGUUAUACUUUAUCUAAGGUUUGGAUCACAAGUGUUGCAGGACAAUUUUGUAGCUGAACUAUCAAAUCACUACCAGAAUUCAGCGGAAUUCUUAUCUUUCUAUGGCUUGCUGAACUUUUAUCUCUAUACUUUAGCCUUUGUGUAUUCACCAUCUAAGAAUGCACUCUAUGAGUCACAGUUGAAAGAUAAUCCAGCCUUUUCCAUGCUUAAUGACUCUGAUGAUGAUGUGAUUUAUGGGAGUGACUAUGAAGAAAUGCCCCUGCAGAAUGGCCAGGCCAUUCGAGCCAAGUACAGAGAAGAAUCUGACAGCGAUUGAUGGUGCUCCAGCAAAGACCGGUGUGGCUGGCUAGAGAAGGCCUUGGACAGUUUUCCCUCAGUGCUCCAGCUCUCCAGCCUUCCCUAGUCAUAUGCCUAAAGCUGAAGGUUUCCUCACAACAAAGGCAUUUUCCAUUUACCUCUUUGUGUUUACUGAUUUUUAAAAGACCAACCAGGACCAAAGGAAAAACGACAGCGCUGAGCAAAGGCAGCAUUACCAAGAUAGCCAGAGGAGAGGGGGAGGGGGCCUCUUGGAAUACUCCUAAGUCACUGCAUCAUUUCCUUGGAGCCAAAGUAGCUGCUCCUGAACUGAAGGUUUCAAAGUCCUGUGGUGUCCCAGAGCUGCCGAUGCCUCUCAGUCCCCCUCAUUUUGAGUUUUAACUUUGUAUGCACUAGUCUUUUGUAGCAUGUUCUCUCAAAGUGAUGUCAAAGCACUUAAGGGUCACUAAGUGGCCUAAUGGAGGGAAUGUUGGAGACAGGAUGAGCUCGUGUGGGUCUUGCCUCAAGUAUUUACUGGCUGUGUGACUCUGAGGAAGUCCCAUCCCCUCUUGCUCCUGUCAUAGCACCUACCUCACAAGGUGGUUGUGAGGCUGGAAGGAUCUGAGGUAGAGAAAAUGCUGUGCAAACCUUGCAGCGCUUCAUAAAUGCCGGAUAGGAUGAUUACGCAGGAAAAUAGCAAUGUUCUCCUUUCUUCACUCCACAUUUUUUUCUUUAACUCUAAGGGAAACUUAAGAACUCGUGACUGCCUCAUGGGGGCAGCAUGCGCCGUUUGGUGGCAGACACUAAAAAGCUGGAGUUAACUUACUCUCCAGUUUAGAAAUAAAGCAUUCAGCUGAGGCUCAGCUGCCGCCUUACCAACAGAAGGGUUGUGUACCUCCAAGUACGCACUAGUCUCAGAGACUGGCUCCUUCCAUCCCCCCCCCCCUAAUAUAAAUAGGCAUUCUAAACCAUUGAUAGCUUCAGUAGGAAAGGUACUACUGCUAAGCAGUUAGUCCAGGACAUGUAAGUGCAAAAUGGUCCCUGCACAUUAUUUUCCCUUCUCAUGUUGGGGUUGGGCUAGAGGAGAGAAAAGGUGACAAAUCCAAUAAAGAGUAGAGGCUAUGCAACUUCAGAGCUCCACUACACAUAUAAAACAAUUAUUAGAACAGUAUGCUGAAAAGUUUUUUCUGAUGUUUAUUGAAAAACCAGUAAAAUUAAAUAAACUUCAUGUCAAUUUUUUAACAAAGUUUGUUCAGAAAACCAAUUUCAGGGAAAAUUCUGCCGAGAAACUCAAUUGGAGCUUCAUGUUAACAAAAGUCACUAUUUAUGGGUCAGUUUUGAAGUUCCAGUGCCAUGGUAACACAGUGUGGAAGGUCCUCAAGAAUUUUCAAUUCCCCUUUUCCUGAAGGAUUAAUUUAAAAGCAGAGCACAGAUGACUUUCACCAUUUCUUUCUGCAUCUUCCUCCUAAUCUUUGACCUGAUGUGCACUGUGGAAACCCAACAGAUGAUGUCCUGGAGAAUAGGCAUAAAGAAUAUGAUGCAUGCUUAGUAGUCCAGUACCCUUCUCCUCCUGUGUACCCACAUUCACAUGUCUCUUGUGUGCAAUUACAAUUAUGCUCUUUAACCUGCAGUGCUAGGACCUCAGUUGUCCAUGGGAAUGUUCUUCAUGGUGAUACACUACAAUUACCUUUUUUUCAUAAGUUAACCUUUAGUGAUGUGAUGGUACCGUCAAUUACCUCUAUUCUUAAUAUGGACUUCCACUUAGAUUUCUGUAGUUUUUAUAAGUCUUGUUAAAAAAAAAUCAAUUUUGGAAUUAAAAUUACUGUAAAAUCACAAAUAUGAUUCAAGGUUUACAGUUUUUUUUAUCUGUAAUUGUCAGUUACUUGGUAUUUUAUUGUGUAGUCAGUGAUAUGAGUAAUUUUUAAAAUAGAAUUUUAAUAUAUCUUCCAUCAGGCCUACUUUAAAAAUAAUUUUAGGUAAGAUAAGGCUUGUGCCAGUAAUAGAUUCCAGAAUGUAUUUUAGUAGUUUUAUUAUAAAUAAUUGUCAUCUGUGAUUUGGAAUGCUCUUGUUUUUCAUGUAAAUAGUGAGGGAAUUUUGAAAUCCACAUGUAGAGCCCUGUUUUGAAAAGAUCGCUUUUUACUUGCAAGGUGAAAUUCAGCUUUCCAUUGACAUCUUUAUGAUUUUAUUCUUCAAAUGUCAACAUCAUUGAACUUAAUGUGGGAGAAUGGAUAUAUAUUUACAUUUUUUGCAUAUUUCAUAUAUUUAUGAGAGUUCCUAUUUAACAAAUGUAAUACUGUUAAUUUUUUUUUCACAUUCCAACUAUUUAUGAAAGAGUUCUACUUAUGGGGAAAAUGCUCUUUUUAUUAAACCAGGCACUUUCCAUUUAUUUGAAGUAACAUGUUUAUAUUCAAGUGUUAUAUUAUCCAGUCAUGUAAAAAUUUGCUGUUAUUCAGCGUUUAACACAUAGAAUAAUAUUUACCACCUAGUAAUUAAGCUAGACAUUACAUUUUACUGGGAACUGUUUCCUGAUUUUUUUUCACAGUGUUGGGGGCAUGAAUCCAAACUUUGCAAAUAUAUACUACAAAGCCAAAGAACUGGCUCUCCUUGUUCUUCCUUAGUAACAGCUUAGAUGGAGACUUUUUUGGAAAAUUUGACAGAAUUUUGUACGUUAGGCCAGAAUAAUGCUAUGUGCUAGAAGAUGGACAUCAACAUCUCAAGUUUUGUUUUGAUAAUAGAAGAAAAAUAGAGCUUUCACUUUAUAUAUGUUUUAUGUUUUAUUUAAUCACAGCAAUAAAGACCUUUUCCUUCCUGGUUUAAUCAUCUUUCCCUCACAUAAUGGAAUAGCCUAAUAAACUCUCUUCGAUAAAGGCUGUAGUGCUGCCAUAUUUACAGCUGUUUCUUUGAAUAUGUGAUAGCAGUUUUGCUGAUUGUAACCCAUGUAGGAACAACAUAUCAUUGGCCCCAGAUGUAGAUAGAGAAUCACAGUAUCACUCUAAAGACACUGGGACUUUUUCCCCAACCACUUUCUCUUUUCUAUUCCCCAUCAGUUUGGCUUAUAAUACUACAUGUUUUUCAGUGUUUACCUAUAAAUUACUUUGAAAAACCACAGUUUAGUAGAGUUCAGUCUAAUAUUUGGACUAACAUUUUUUACUAAAGUAUACAAAAAUUGAACCUAAAAUACUGCUUGGGAAAUUACUUUUUUCCUACUCUUGUUAUCCAGGGAAGCCAAUGUAUAAGCUCUCACUUUUGCAUAUGUGCAAGUCUAUGCUUUUUCUUAAAUAAGGGGAUAUUCUGAAAUUGACCUUUUAAGUUAGCUUUUUAAAAGAAUCUGAUAAUUCCUUCUCUAGGUCAAAGGGAAUUUAUUUUAUGCAGUGCCAUCUUUUUAUUCUUGUUUGAUCUUGAUUCUAAACAUAUAGUGCUGUGAAAUACAGAAGGGACUUGUACUAUUACAAACUUUUUAAAUAAAAUUGUAAUAUUUAUAAAAUAAAAUUAUAUUUAAACUUGUCUACCAAGA